ACCGCAUAUAUAGCUAACCAUAAACUCAAACAGAAUUAUUCUAAAACUGAGAGACUGGCUAAAGAAAAGACACAAGAAGAAAUUUCAGUAUUUGCAAAACAAGAAGUCAACAAAUUAUUUGCUAAUAAUAUCAUACAUAGCAAUAAGGAAGGUGUGUUGUCUAAGUACUCCAAGUGUUUAUUCUGCUUUACGGACCAAACUCAAAACUUAUAUGAAUAUGAUGUUGAACAAAAACCAGCUCGCGAUAAAACUCGUCCUGAACAAAACAGUUUUAAAGAUAAUGAUAUUUCUUUAACCAUUACAAGUAUUAGUAAUCAUGCUAAAGAAAGGGCUAUAAGUGUUAGUGAUAAUGAUUUUGACUAUUCAACAAAUCCUGUUUCAUCAAAUGAAGAUUCUAAUCUUGAUUUAGAAUUCAAAACCAAAGUUAUAAUUGAAGUUAGUAAAUCUGAUCCAAUACCAGCAAAAUAG